AUGUCUAUCUUUCCUAGUCCUCCUACUUCAAUUGAAACUUGGAUAUCACCCUAUUUAGAUUCUUUGAAUCUUUAUACACUUUCCAAGCAUUUUCAUGUUGUUUUAGGGGCUUCAUUGUUUUAUCAAUUUUUGUUUAUAAUUUCCCCUUUUAUUUCAAAAAAAUUAUCUAGAUCAUAUUUAACUUUAAAUAAAUCAACUCGCAUAAAAUGGGAUGUGCACUUUGUUAGUAUGAUUCAAUCAAUAUUAAUAUCUUGUUUGAUAUUAGGAUGUUAUCAAGAUGAUGAAUUGAAACAAGAUAGGUUAUUUGGAUACAAUGCUUAUAAAGGAGAUAUAUAUUCUCUUGCUUGUGGAUAUUUUCUUUGGGACACAAUAACUUCAUUUCGUUAUAUAUCAUUAUUCGGCAUUGCUAUAUGUCUCCAUGGUACAGCGGCCCUAUCUGUUUUUUUGUUUUCAUAUAAACCAUUUUUAAUGUAUUAUGGUUUAGCUUUUUUGGCAUUUGAAUUUAGUACACCUUUUUUAAAUAUACACUGGUUUUUUAAUAAAACAAGAAUGAUAGGUGGAAUAUGUCAAUUAAUAAAUGGUAUUAUACUUCUUCUUGUUUUUUUUCUUGUCAGAAUUGUUUGGGGAUUAUAUGCUGCAUUUAAUCUGACAUAUAUUUCAAUUUAG